GGGGAAUGGCUUGAGCCGGGCAGCAGUCAGGCUCGGCUGAGGCAGUAACACACCUCAUGCGCCCCGGAGAUGGAGUCCCGGCGUUAUGGAUUUCUGUUACUGGUCCUUCAUACCAUGAGAGCUGUUAUUGCACUAGAGGAGAUCAUCGUCGGUAAACCUGGAGACAAUGCCACACUGAGUUGCAUUUAUCAAGAAAGAGAAGUGCUCUUAAAAAAUUUACGAGUGUAUUGGCAAAUAGCUGAUGAUCAAGAGGAAUGUUCAGUGGUACAUGCACUGAUCUCAGGUCGAGACAAUGAAAGCGAACAGUGUAUUCACUUUAAAAACAGGACUCAAUUAUUCUGGGAUAGAUUGGAAAAUGGUGAUUUUUCUCUACUACUGCUAAACAUCAGCAAGAGUGAUGAACACACGUACAAAUGUGUAGUACUGCAGAAAACUGAAUAUACCAAAGUGAUUCACCAAGCAAAAGUGGUUCUCAGUUUAGCAGCUAGCUAUAGCCAACCAAUACUCAGUGGGCCAAUAAGAAACAGUGACAGCACUGGAGAGGAGGUUACUUUCAGCUGCAAGUCUGGCAAUGGAUACCCAAAGCCCAAUGUUUACUGGAUAAAUAAAACCGACAACAGCCACCUGUCUCCAUCAGAGCUAAAGAUCACCCUCCACACCGAUGGCACUUACAGUGUUUUUAGCACACUAAAGGUUAAAGCUACUUCUAACAUGGAAAUCGAAUGCUCCAUAGAAAAUAAAAUACUGCAUGCAAACCUGUCAGCCAACUACACACAGCAGACUCAAAGCAGUGGUUCUAACACAGAAAGUCACAAAAACCUGGAAAAAAAGGGACAAGGUGCUCAAGCAGCUGGCAUCAUUUCCAUUGUCAUUCUGAUAGGUCUUCUAGUUGGUUUAACCUGUUGGCUGUGGAGACGGAGAUCGUCUAAACUAAUUUCCUACACAGAUGUGCAACCAAAUGAAGACAAAGGACUCAACUUGCCUGUCUAAAUGUAAAGUCUGCCAACAACUUGGGCAGCUGGACCCGUGUCAAGAGGAAUGUCACCCACCUCUUUCAGUGGCAGCAUUGCUCACAAUACAAAUGACAUUUCUGCAGUGUGUGCCAAGAGAGAUGGCAAAAUAAAGCUUCCCCAACACAAGAGGCAGAAAAAUCUUCUGGAUUACUGUUCCAGCCACUGGCUGUGUCCAUACAACAGUCACAUCACCACACCAGCUAACCACUUUGGACAGUGCUCUGUGAUAGUCUGUCAGCAUACGGAGCUCCUGCACUGAGGAAAGCAGUAAGCCUGAGACUUAGAUACUCUGUGCUAGAGUGCUGAGAGCUGUUGAGUGCUCAGUCGCUUGUUAUCACCUUCGAGGAUUUGUCACUAGCAGAAGCAGCUGCCUUUCAGGAGCAUGAGAGUUCUGCCUGCUUCUGCUUACCCCAGCGGUGACUACUGAAUGUGAAGAAUGGCAGCUACAAACAAACAAAAAAGGAAACUGAACGACUCUCUGCAAAAAGAGAUUUGUGAACUUUUGCACCUUUUUUUAUCUACAGUAUAUCCUUUCAUUACCUGGUUUCACCAGCUGCAUGUUAUUGGGUACAGAACUAGGUAGAACAUUUUGACCCAGUCCUCCAAAAAUGGGAGUCGCAGUGCAUGUGUAAACAUAAGAGAAUAUGAAUUCUUUAAAUGCACUUGGUAUCAACAUUUUGUUUUUUACCGAAUAUUCCACCAAAAAGGGGAAUUCCACUUUCAACAAAAGCCAGUGCAUACUGUGUGAAAGAACAGGCUGUGGAAAUCUGACCAAUUAAAAACAAUGGUCUCUGCUAUGAUAAUGUUGGGUUACCUGGACUUACCCUUUUCAGCAUAGAACAAAAACCAGUUGAGAUCUGCUCAAUUCAGCUAGUCUUCUUUUAAGCACGUCCCUGUGGCUUCCACAGAGGAUUUUAAAGUGAAAUUUUUAUAUCUCACUUCUUGUGUCCCAUCCCUCCACCCAAAAAAAAACAAAAAGAAAAGAAAAAAAAAAAAAAAGUGCAGACUGUAUCACUAUGUUCUCCAUGAUUGUCCAGAAAGCCAAGAACUGCAGUUUCCUUUUGCUAUUGCCUGUGCCUCACUGGUUCGGCCCUAAGUGAGAAAAGAGCAACUGCUUGAAAGUAGCAGAGCAGUAAACUUUGCUGAUGAUAUGAGGUUUUGAAGGAGGAGGAAUCUAUACUAGCUCUCUUGCCUAGGUGGGGCAGUUUUCACCAUCUUGUCACAAGGGAAUGAAGAUGAUUUUAAACUGAGCCCUGGAAACACUUAGCUUCUCCUGUGCCAGCUGCUAGACUAAAAUUCUGCUGGUUUUGUGAUUAGGUCUCAGCUUUGUUUGUUGCGGCUCUACAUAGGGGAAGCAUUGCAGUGUCAAGUGUGAGAGAAGACGUUUGCGUUUAAUAUCAAGAUCAACUUUCAAAUCUUAGGCAAAUGAAGAUAAAUUUUGUGGUCCUGUUUUCCCAUCACAUGGAAUCCAGAACCAUUUGGCAAAAGACAAUUAGCUUUUGUUGAUGCAAUACUCCCAAGGAGGCUCAGAGUUGGGUAGCUGUGUAACUCUGCUGUGCCAGUAUCUUGGGAGGCAUCUGUGCAGGCUCAGCCUCAAUAUCAUUUAAGAGGGGAACUACAACAAAACCCAAGCUGCAGCUAAUUAAUUAAGCUCCUGUCUCCUGUUUAGAUUGUAAAUAACCAUGUACAGUUGAGGGUUUUUUAAAGGUAUUUUAUCUAUUCAUGCCAAAAAAAAAAGUAUAUUGCAUAUUUGCUAAUCUUGAAUGUCUGUGAAAGAUACUCUUUUAUUUAUUAAUUUCACUUUUGUCCUCUGUUGCCUUCAAAUCUACGAGUGUAACAUACCCUAUUAGGUAGGACAUUUAGCUCAAAAUAUUUGUCAGAUAAGGUUACCAAAGUGCCAUAAGUUACAAGGAAAAACUGACGUUUAAAGUAUUUUCUCAUAUCUAUUAACCCAAGUGUUAGAUGUUUCCCGAGUCCAUAUGUAGUCUUCAGUGAAUUCUAAAGAGAGUUUUCUUGAAGAAAGCAUGCAAACUUGCAGACACCUUAAAACUGUGAACAACAUCUGUGCAGAUGUGAAGGGUAACCAUUUCCUAGUGGUUCACCGAGAAGUCCUGCAGACGUUUCCUAGCUGGAUCACAUGAAGUUGUUUUAUUCGGCUUCUUUGGUGCUGCUGUAACCAACAGAAGCCUUUUCUAAAAACAGUUUUCCAACUUUAUAUUCUGCAACUGCAAGAACCUGUAACUGUUUAGAGAUGUAAGAAGUGACCUAGCAGUCCCUUCACAAUAUAUUGUUAAGCUAAUUUAGCCACAUCCCUCAGAGCGUAUGAGCACUCCUUUCCAAAGCUUUCAGUUGAGGAGAGAUCAAUGCAACACAGACUUGACAAGCUUUUCUCUAUUUUGGCUUGCACAAGAAAAUACCUUGAACAAACUCAAUGAAAGCCAUACAGUAGACAGAAAGCAGCACUAAGCCUAGGCUAAUACAUUCCUUUCUCACCCAAUUUAACAACCCUUAGCAGAACAAAGAUAAAAUACAUCUUCCCUUUUCCAGAACUGAAACUGUCUCAUUGUACUGUCCCAGGUCAGUGUUGCACUCAGGCACCAGCAUCCCUCUGUUUCUCUUUCUUAAAGACAGCAGCUCACAUUAAAUGCAUGUCCCAAGCAACUUAAACACAUGCAAAGGAAAGCACUGCUCAAUGCAGCUUUGUGGGAAGACUCUAAGAAACAGACUCACUUUCACAGAAAAGCGAAAGGCUUUCGUUUGUGGCAUGGCUGGUAAACCACAGAUGGAAAGCCCCGAGAGAGAAUAUGUGUUGCUACUUAGUGAUCUGGAUCGUAGUCAAAUUCAUUAUUUAAAUCUUUUCACCUGUGAGAGCUGAAAUAACUUUUGCUCAAAAACACAUUCCUUUUUUCCACUUCAACGACCCUGACUCCGAGUACUCUUCUCAGUAGCCCCUUGUGCUACACCAAAAGACACUUUAGUAGUUGUUUUUCCAAAUUGCAAAAUUAAUCCUUUUCAUGUUUGCAGCAAAUACACAACAGUUCACGUAACCCCGUAAGGGAAAUACCUCUAACUUCUUUCUUUUCCAGGGCAAGAGAAACUGUUUUAAAGAAUAAUUGAGUACAGCCCAGCUUCACAGGAAGAGGACCCGCACACACACCACAGAAGUUAUGUAGGCUCUUGGGACUCUUCCUCUCAGCGUGUGAUGUGACAUUAGCACCUUCACCAUAUUCAUUGUAUAAUACAGAAUGAAAUCAUUGUAAGCUGGUUCCCACCUGAGGGAUAUUAAGGGUACCCUACAUGUUCCUUGAGGUGAUCUCUGCAUCUGGCAGCCAAGCUAAUUACAGGCUACAGACCAGUAGCCUUCAUUUCAUUCAUCUUUUAAGACACACUUAUAUGACAAAUCAAUUUGUACAAUUACCUUCCAACACAAGAAAGAUGCUUCCAACACUCCAUGCAUUAUCAGCACCGCUAAUAAAUAUAAGCAGUAUAUCCAAAUCAACGUCCCAAGCUGCAAAACACAAGUCCUUAAGAAGUACUCAUAACCUUACCAUUAAUAACAAACUCAAGUACUUUGUUAGGAAACAGCCUGUCUCUCAGUUUAGUCUGGCACAGAAAACUGCUGUGUAGAGAUAAAUGCUCUGAUAACAGCCUUAGGUGGACCUUCCAACUGCCCCAAAGUAGGUUCUAACAUUUUAUUACUAAAACAGUAAAUUGCUUUCCUGCGUAUUCAAGAAGUGAUGCUUGGGGCCGUUUUAUAAUUGGAAAGCUUGGAUACAGAAGUCACAUGCUUACAGGCACACAAGGCUGUAGCUGACUUUGUGCUUGAACUCUGGUAUGCAGAGAUGUUCUUUCACUUGGUGGGCUGGAUAGUCUGCUUCUUUGCAGCAUUCACCCCACUAGACGUCAUAAGUCAACAGAAGCAAUUUGUUAUUUUUUUAAUAGGAUUGCAUAUAAACUGCCGGACUGCACUUUCAUAUCUGUUGUACUAAAAAAAGGUCUGCCCUUAUAAAACUGUCAAGAGGAAAAAGAUAACAAAACGUCUUUGAGUUGAGAACAGAAAACUUAAGAAUAUAAUCAGUAAGAAGCAACACCAAUGCAGCCAUAAUGUGGACAGAGGGUGAGUGCAAACAUCUCCUCCUUAACUUCUCCAGCCAGGAGAUCUAUGCUGUCAUGUGAUUGCUCUUACAAGGCUGAGUGUAGUUUCAAAACAAAAUCAAGUUUGCUUGCAAAAACUUCUUUUCUACAGCAUCAUGCUGGACCAGAGGCAAUUCUUGAUUCAUCUCUUUAUCAGUCAGACUUCCGGUUAUUAUUUUACAUAACUUCCUAAACACAUCACUACUGCAGUCAUAGUAAAUAAAAAGAGAUCAACAAAUAAU